UCAAUGGGGAAGUGCAUUAACUAAAUCGAUUACUCAUGCAUUCUUCUACAAAAAAAAUUGUUCGUGUCCUUUUCGUGUGGUUUUGUGAGAUUUCAGAUAGUCAUAUUGUUUUCUCUAUAAAAUGCCUGCAAAAUCGAAAUCAUUUCAAGUUCUCCAAUAGUUGUCCAAGACUGAACACCUUGAAAAUGCAUAUUGAACUGGUUUUCGUUUUACUGAUUUUGGGCGUUGUAAUCACUGCAACUCCAGUACCAAACGAAGAUGAACCUUUUCAACUACAACAUGUGCAAACUGAGCAAUAUCAUACCAAAGAGCAUCUAUUUCUACAGAGUAUGGAAUGGCUGAAAAUCUUAUUCGAACAAAUCAUGAAAAUGCUGCAGUUUCCGCUACGAGUACCAGUGAAUCCAGAGGUGGAAAAUUUUCCAUUCACAAAAUCUGAAAACAGCAUUCAGAAUAAUUGAUUGUGAUGUCCCAUGUAAUCCCGUACACCAAUAAUUGUGAUACUUGGUUAUUUUAUGAUAUCUUAAUAAUCUUCAGACCAGCAUAUAAAAAAAUGGAAUAUUGUAAUACAAUUUAUAGAUCAAUGUAUUCUGAAUAGUCAUGAACGUGAUCUGUAAUAUGAAUUAAGAUUCACUAAAAGUUU